AUGCCGGUGACUCGGAGUAGAGGCAGACCCGCGGAGCCGAUCGAGGCACAGGAGCGCCCUGAGGAGAGCGCUCCCGCGACCGCGUCACAGUCAGUGGCGGCCCCGAGGCCGUCAGCGCCGGAACCGGUGCGGCAUAUCGAGCCGCCCGGCUCCCCGUCGGAGGCGCCACCACCACCGCCACCACCGUCGUCGCAACAGCAGCACGACGACGCAGCAAGAGCGUCGUCGACGAAAUCCGACCGUGCGCGAAGGAUCGCGCGCGCCAAACAGAAGAUAGCCAGACUCAAGCUGGAGCUGGAAGAGGCCAGGCUUGCCGUCCUGGAGGAGGACAGCCAGGACGGCGAGUCGGUCGCAUCGGGUGAAUCGCUGGGCCAGGCGCGAGUGGCCGAGUGGCUGAAUACAGUGCCGCCGCCACCGCCCGCCGCGCCGCUCAGUGCACCGCAACAGUCUACAGGCGUAGCACCGCCGCCCGGCGUGCCACAUGCACCGCCGCCCGGCGUGUCACACGCACCACCGCCGCCACCCGGCGCGCCACACGCGCUGCCGACCGGCGUAUCGAUCGCAUAG